GCCAAAGAAGGAGGCAUGAAUACGAGUGGGUGAGAGAGAGAGAGGCUGACACAGAGUUCAGACAACUGGAUGAGGAAGUGGUGCUGGUGAGCACAUGGGUGUGGUUGGUUAGCCGUUACCCCAUCAGCCUCUCAGAUGUGAGGACAGCGUCGUGGAUGAUGAGGCUGUGGAUAAAUCUCUGGACUCGGGCGCCUCACAGGAUGGAUACUAAGAUUUAUUUGCUUUCCUUGACCUGUUUCCUGUUUGUCACGUUACAAGUGUCAACGGCUCAGGCUCCCAAACCCGCAGAUCAAACUGAGUCUGAAAGCAGCAAUAUGGCAGACUCAACAACAACUGCUCUGACUCCCACUGGAAGCCGAGUGGGAGGCAGAGUCACCAGAGAUGCCGACGCCUCCCCAGAAACUUCCCCUGCUGAACAAACCACAAGCCAUCACAUUGGCACCAUCAACCCCGUCACCAUCAGCGCCGUCACAUCAGACGUGAAGUCUUCAACAGCUCCAAAUGAGGAAACAACAAAACCACAAACGAAGUUAACAUCCUCUCCAGCAUCCACGGUGACAUCCUCCCCAUCCAUAACGAAGAAAACCACCAAAAACGAGACCCAUCAAGCUGCUGUUGCCUGGGAGUCUGAGUGGGACAAAAAUUUCACAUAUGAUUAUAAAUCCCUGCGCCAGGCCGGUUUGUCCAUUGCAGCGAUACUUUUCACCGUCGGCAUCAUGGUCAUUAGCUGUGGCAAGGUUUGCCGGCUGCCAAAGUGCCACAAGAGGUCAUCUAAGUCGUAUCGAGUGGUCCAGGGAUGAGGAGAGAGAGCUCCGCGUGUCUUGUGAAAAGUUCAGAGCUGCAAGAAACCAACCAGGAGUCCAUCAAGAGGAAAAGUACUGAACACCUGGCAGCAUGUGUGUGCAUGCGGACUGACUGCGUGCUGCCUAAUAAAACAUGAAUCAUGCUGACAAGGGAAAAAAGUGGAACCGUCACCCGCUUAAUCUUUGUCAAAUGUUAAUUCUAUAGUUGGAUAAAACUGCACUAAAAUAAGUGAUUAUUUAUCUUUGCAAAUAAUGUAGAGGUGACUCACAUUUUAAUCACACCUUCAGCCAUGAAGCGGGCUGGUUUCUAAUAACCUUUGUAUCUUAUAACUGAUAGCACAGCCAGUGUCUCACAGCCAGGAUUCUUAUUAAAGGUUAUGAAGAAUAAACCCA